AUGCAGCAAUGCGCGUUCCCCGGUGUCGACGUCCAGGGCAACAAGGUAACGCGCAGCACCAAUCCCGGCUUCAGUUCUGAAGGUGGAACGCGCACUGCCUUCCCCCAACAAUAAUAUAGUAGGCCUACAAUAAAAUGAGCAGCGCGCACACAGGCACAGCAAACCCUUUCUCAUUUGCUGAGCUACAAUUCCGUCUGCACACGUGACACGCCCUGCUUACAAUAAAUAAACACCAAUGAAAAAAAUUGACAAAAAUUGUUCCCUCACUUCCAAAUCACUAAUAACCGAGAAAAACACCCUUAUCACAUCCACAUACAAUAACAACAUAAACUAUAUAUCGCUGAGACACAUGACAAUAAGAUCCGAAGCUUAAAAAAACUUUAACUAUAUAUUUGGGUAGGUCCGGGGGGAUGCUGCGGGCGGUGUUCCCGCGCGAGGCAACAAAUAAAUGACAGCUCGCUCCGCUCAGCGCCCUGGCUCGCGGACAGCAGCAGCAGCGUCAGUUUUUCCCCAGGACACAACAGCCAAGCCAUUUAAGUGUUUUCUCCCCAAACCACGCGCACCCUGGCUCUCCAGCCGAACCUCUAUGCAAGGCGAAACGAGCUUACCUACACAGUGAAUGAGUUUGUGUCGCCACGAGUCAAGUUCCUGCCGAAAGCCGCGCCUCUCGAUCGUGCAUUGCUGCCUUUUGCACAGACUCGCCAUUUUCUACCGGGCCCUCCCGCGGACGCGCACAUUCUGCUAGGUGCUUGUGCGCAUACGUCACCAAUACUUUUUGAGGGUUAUGGGUGGAGUAGAAAAUGUAGGGGGGACUUAUAGCUGCAGCAUCCGCUCACGGUCCCACCCACCACCACCCACCCGAAAGACCCCCCAACAUCUCAGUUCUGUUGAGAGAAUGAACGUCAGUAAUGGAAUUUAAACCUGCAACAAAAGCAUAUGGUUCAAUAAAGAAAUGUAUAGAUUGAAUUUGCAGUGUGUAGGCUAUGGUCUAAAUUUGGCAAAUGUGUGUCAAAGGGCAUCAGUGCGUUAUGAGUUUUAAUAAUGCGCAGUGGAUUGCCUAUACAUUGCAAUGGUAUUUAGAUAGAUAAUGUAUAGCCUAUGUUUUUCCAUAUAACCGUCAUAAUGAAAGAUAAAGGUAAAUGAUUACCAUAUAUUUAAUACAAGUAAACAGGAGAUAAUUAUAAUUCAGCGUUAACAUAUACAAUGGAUAUACAGGGAAGGGAGAUUUAAUCUAAUUAUUCUUCAUAUUUCUUGCUUUGUGUGUUGCUGUAUGAAAAGUGUAAUCAACUUUAUACUGAAUCGAAAUUACACUGUUCAUACCCGGUUGGCAUGGUUAUAUUCUGUUCUUUCUAUUCUAAUCUAUUCUAAUUAUUUUAUAUUCUAUUCUAAUUCAAUUUUAUUCCAUUCUAUUUUUAUUUUAUUCUAUUAUUUUCUAAUUCUUUAAUACUCUAAUUCUUAUUCUAUUCUAUUCGACCUCUGUCAAAAAAGGAAAGAAAGGGGGUUUCUAAGUUGUAAACGCAGAAUGAGUUUAUUAAAAACUGGUCAAUUUUCACAUCAAUGUUUUUUUUCUUCAGGUUUCCUUCAACUUAAUCACAUUAAUUCAAUUGCGAUCUUUAUGACUUCCUGCUUGCCAUGUGGUAUUUUUCAGGACUAAAAGAAUGUCCCCUCUACUUUGCCAUAUUGGUUUAGAUAUCAUCUGCUUGGUGACAAAACCCUCGCCACCCAUCGCAGCUGUUCUUUUGCGCUAUAUGGUCAAAUAAAUCAGAGUUUUCAAUGAAACCCGACACCAAAGUAUAAUUACCAAAUUGAUACACCAAAGUUACAUAAUAUCAUUAAAAAGCAGCCUCAAUGGCGGUUUAUAUCUCUUCAGAGACGUGGACGGCACAUAAAAGGCAAGGGCAAACGGUUUAACAAGGAGCACUCCGGCUAAUUAAACCGGCGAACUCCAUUGAAAGAGGGGUUGCCCUUCACAAAAAUGUAUUCCAUAGCUUCACUAGAGAGGCGCAGACAGCCAAUCGGAUGAGUGUUUGAAUCAAGGUCAAGUGAAAGAUGCUCAAUAGGACCGCUCCACCUUGGAAUGAUGCUGAAGCCUCUUGCCAGGAGAUGCGAGGCUACGAAAAGCUAAUUUUCACUGGAAGGUGUAGAAUCAUCCACCAACCGUUUUUCUUUCAGUGAUGUAGGAAAGGUGGAUUCUCUUGGUGUAAAAAUACCUACCAGGUAAAUUAUUUGUUUGUUUAUUCGCCCUGAUAUCGACUGUCAGCCUGUGAAUCUGGCAAUGAUGAUUUCCUCAAUGCUAUGCGCCGGAUACGUGAAAGGGAAACAUUUUAGACUGGGGAUACUCACGCUCUAUUGUAUUGAUUCCUACAUUAAGAGAAUAACAAUAUCUAUUAAUAAAUGGAUUCCUUUUCUUAUUGUUAAAGAUAUAAAAGUGUUUUGGUUUUAUUAAAAUGUACUGAUGUAACAUAUCAGUUAUAUCCAGAGGAGAAAGAAAGAGGAUGAGAAUCCUUCAAUCGUCCCUGUGUGACAGACACAGCCUAGUCUACGUCAACGAGCAAUGGAAUAUCUCGAUGGACGUUCCAUGCUUAGGCUAUAACUGUGUUCUUGAUAAUAUUAUUUCUCCCAGACCCUGCCAUCACAUCUAUAGGCUAUAGUUCGGGUAGGCCAUUCGUUCGUUCAGUAGGCUAUAGCCUGAUAAUUCCUUUUCAUUAGUUACAAAGAUAAUAAAGUCAACAUUAUUAAAAUGCCUAACGUCAUGGCGCUCAUAGGUAUAUUUUACAGUCUCUGUACUGUAUGUAGCCUACGGCAAAAUAAUGCCGAGAUCAGCUCUCUGUGUGAGUUAAUCCACGGGUUGUCCAGGCGAGCGCUUCAAGAUGUGCGUCAAAAUGUGUCUCAAUCAGUUUAGCACUAUGUGGGUGUUUGCAGAGCAAUCAUACACCCAUUAAGUUAGAGGGGCACAAAGUACAUGAGGAUCGAGGUGGCUGGGGGGUGAAGUUGGCGAAUUUUGUAUUUUUCAAACACGUGAAACAGCUUUUUGCUGCAAUCUAAAGCCAUAAUCAUUAUGCCUAAUUCUAUGUCAAAAAUAUGUCUAUUUUUCUGCAUAGGUUAUCUAAGCGUACCUCUUUACCUGUUCAAUUGUCAUUUUAAUUAAUGAUGCACUUUGAUUCUUUAAGAACUUUUAUGCCUUAGGAGUUUAGUACAACUGCCACACUGGUAUAUAGUAUCAUAACCCAAUAAUGAAUUGUGUGUGUGUGUGUGUGUGUGUGUGUUUACAACAGGACCUGUGUGAUAUGACCCUGACAAGAGGAUCCUUCACCUAUUCCAAUGGUGAAGAGUACCAUGGGGAGUGGAGGGAAGGCAAGAUCCCUCUAUCCCUUUAUCCCUUCACUCAUCCCUCUAUCCCUUUAUCCCUUCACUCAUCCCUCUAUCCCUUUAUCACUUCACUCAUCCCUCUAUCCCUCUAUCACUUUACUCAUCCCUUAAUCACUUCUUCACCCCUCUCUUUGAUGCCCUUUCAUCUUUCCAUUCUUCUGUUACUGUCCAUUCAUCCUGAAUCACAUCACCUCAUUAUUUUAUUUAUUUAUUUAUUUAUUUUCUAAAAGGAAAUAACUAGGGUGAGGAGUUUUUUGGGGUACUUUUGAUUUGAAGGCAUGUAUGGCAGAAGGAGUCUCUGGUUACCAUGGAGACAGCUUGAUUCACUGACUGAAGGUCUCUCGUCAAAGAGAUGCAUUUAUUUUGAGAGAUCUGGAAAUAUAAUUUCUACAUUCAAGACCGGAAAAACAAAUUGAUAAUAAAAUACCUUUCUUUUAGUUAUUUUUUUCUGUUACUUUCUAGCAUGUCAAGCUAACUUACAGAGAUACCUAGCUAGCUGGUUGAUGUUUUCCUUUUGCAACCAGGGUAGCGAAAAGCAACAUUCACCUCCACAAAUGCUGUUUACAUUUAUAUCCAGACUGAAUUAAGCACUUAAGGGACCUCAUGGGCUACCCUUAACUUUUUCACCUAAUUUAAUGGGGAAAUUUGCCUUAAAAUGUUUUGUGCAACUAACUUAAAGUUAAGGAAACUUUAAGGGAAAGAUGAGGGGAAAAUUAACUUAAGCUGUUUUAUGCAACCGGUCCCUGGUCCUAAUCAUAUAUCAUGGCCUGGUCCUAGAAAUAGCACAAGUAUACUGAACAAAAAUAUAAACGCAAAUCAGUCAAUUAAAAUAAAUUCAUUAGGCCCUAAUCUAUGGAUUUCACAUGACUGGGACGGGGCACAGCCAUGGGUGGGCCUGGGAGGGCCCACCCACUGGGAGGGCCCACCCACUCCCACCCACUCCCACCCACUUGGGAGCCAUGCCCACCCACUGGGGAGCCAGGCCCAGGCAAUCAGAAUGAGUGUUUCCCCACAAAGGACUUUAUUACAGACAUAAAUAUUCCUCAGUUUCAUCAGCUGUCUGAGUGGCUGGUCUCAGACAAUCCUGUAGGUGAAGAAGACGGAUGUGGAGGUCCUGGGCUGGCGUGGUUACAUGUGGUCUGCGGUUGUGAGGCUGGUUGGAUGUACUGCCAAAUUCUCUAAAACAAUGUUGAGAAAUUAAAAUUAAAUGAUCUGGCAACAGCUCUGGUGGACAUUCCUGCAGUCAGCAUGCCAAUUGCAUGCUCCCUCAAAACUUGAGACAUCUGUGGCAUUGUGUUGUGUGACAAAACAGCACAUUUUAGAGUGGCCUUUUAUUGUCCCCAGCACAAGGUGCACCUGUGUAAUGAUCAUGUUGUUUAAUCAGUGUCUUGAUAUGCCACACCUGUCAUGUGGAUGGAUUAUCUUGGCAAAGGACAAAUGCUCACUAACAGGGAUGUAAACACAUUUUGAGAGAAAUAAGCUUUUUGUGCGUAUGGAAAAUGUCUGGGAUCUUUUAUUUCAGCUCAUGAAACAUGGGACCAACACUUUACAUGUUGCGUUUAUGUUUUUGCUCGGUAUAGAUACAACAUUUAUGUACGCCAACAAUACACUUCAGACAUUAAAGUCAAGUUAGCAGGUACUUUACAUGCUCAAUUCCCUCUCUGGAUCUAUUCCUCACUGUGUCAGCCUCAGGUGUCUGGAGGUUUAUUCAAGUUUCUCUUCAAACUAAUCAAAAGUCUCAACUCAGUCCAGAUUGUUGCUUCUGAGUAGAGAGGAGUGGUAGGCUGCAGCCUAAGGGUGUGUCGUCUGUACUAAUUAUAGGUCAAAAACAAUAUCCCUAUCCACCGGCAAUUCUCUACAGACUAUAUACCAUCUGCUGUCAUAGCGACAACACAUAUACACACACACACACACACACACACACACACACACACACACACAUACAAAUACACACACUGAUGCGUUAUACCCACAUUAACGCUACACUGACUAAACCAGUAUUUGCAGUUUGACAAAAACACAAGAUGUCAUGGUAACCCCAGGGAUAAAGGAAGCCAUAAUAACUACAGAACAAGUUUGGAGCUAUUUUAGAAAAGGUUCUGUUUAACUGAUAACAUAUGGUGGCUUCAGAGAGCUCAGUUGGCGUGGCUGGUGUGUUGUUUAGUUCCCUUGUUGUAAGGGUGAUUGAUCUGUUUGUAUUGACAGGUAUAGCUAACAGGUUGAAGUGUGACACACAGGAGACAGGCUGACUGAUUACAUAUAUUUUAGCAUCUUUUAUCAUCCACCGUUCAAGUUUUUUAUUAGCUAAGAAAGAGAACUUUGAGAGAGAUGUUUGUGUGUGUGUGGGUGGGGGGUGGGGGGGUCAGUGCACUAGGACUAUUGAUUGACAUAAAAGCCGACACAUUCAGCUAAAGCUAAAUUAGCAUGGCAACCGUGGCAACCGUGACCUAACAACAAGAUUGUCCCCGACGACUCGUCGCUAAGAACCGUUCACCAGAUUAAACUCUGAACUGAUUUAUGGAAUCAAACUAGAUGAAAGGAGAGAUGGGCAGCUUGUAAGUACAGUAGAGUACACAAGCUAUUAGCUGGUCACAAGCUUGGCCUUUAAUUAGUGCUUUUAUUGUUUUAGACUGUUCUUUUUAUUUUCCACUUUUUACUGCUUCUUGUUUGCUUUGACUUAUUUUCAUUGUAUUGUUUUAAUGUUAAGUGUGUUUCUAUUUUUAAUGCACUUUAAAUACAAUUUGAUUUGAUAUGAUCGAGUACCACUACUGCUUUAGCUAAACAAGUACGGCUAAUUACUCUGUACAAUAGGGGGGAAAUAAUUAGUUGUAAUACUAGGGGGAAAUGAAUUAGUUGUAAUAGUAGGGGGAAAUUAAUUAGUUGUAAUAGUAGGGGGAAAUUAAUUAGUUGUAAUAGUUGGGGGAAAUUAAUUAGUUGUAAUACUAGGGGGAAAUUAAUUAGUUGUAAUAGUUGGGGGAAAUUAAUUAGUUGUAAUACUAGGGGGAAAUGAAUUAGUUGUAAUAGUAGGGGGAAAUGUGUGUGUAGUAGUACAUAUCUGGCUUGGAAACAACUUGUGGCAUUGAUAAUAGUUCUGUCAAACUGUCAAGUCAUUUCCCACAAAUUAGUUUUGUUCAGAAUGUGUGUUAGAGAAACAUGGGAUAGAAAUACACUUUUUUGUGUCCUUUAAGUUUUAAAUUGUUGCAAUUCCACCUCGCUUGCCUUGUGUAAGCCGACUAACGUCCUUGCUAGUCAGUGGAAGGAAUCCUCGGGAAUUGUACUUACUUAAUUCUACUUGGCUUGGACACUGAGAUUUGUGGGACACAAAUCCCCUGUCAACCCCGUACGACACACACACACACACACACACACGCACGCGCAGACACACACACAGACACACACAUUCCGGAAGGCUCUUGACUGUAUUUCAGCCAGUUAUAUUUAACUUGCCGUCCAAAUCUAUUUAAAAAAAAAACCUAACUGAGAUUAGAGAGAGGAGGUUUGCGUAGUCAUAGUGACAGAUGGCACAUCUAAUUUAGUAAAUCUACACCACUAGCUGGCAGCGCUGUGCUCUUUCAUCCCGUUCCUCUCCCUCCCUCACCCACCCCUUCCCCUCCCUCACCCUUCCCUCACCCCUCCUCAUUCCUCUCACCCCUCCUCCUCUCACCCCAUCUCCCUCACCCCCUUCCUAAAUCCUAAUACUGUGUAAUACUCAUUUAGUACACUACUACCUGGCAGGAGAAAACCACACACAUUUCCCUCACUCACCCUCACCUCCCCCUUCCUCCCUCCCCCUUCUCCCUUCCUUUCCCUCUCUCACUCUCACCUCCCCUUCCUAAAUCCUAAUCCACUGUGUUCACUUGUGUGCUCCGCUACUUUACGUUCAAACGUAUUGCUUCCUAAAUACCUACGGAGCAACGAGAAGCUCUGAACAACAUUUCACCUGACCUCAUUCAGUAGACCUCAUUCAGUAGACCUCAUUCAGUGGACCUCAUUCAGUAGACCUCAUUCAGUGGACCUCAUUCAGUGGACCUCAUUCAGUAGACCUCAUUCAGUGAACCUCAUUCAGUAGACCUCAUUCAGUGGACCUCAUUCAGUGGACCUCAUUCAGUGGACCUCAUUCAGUGGACCUCAUUCAGUAGACCUCAUUCAGUAGACCUCAUUCAGUGGACCUCAUUCAGUGGACCUCAUUCAGGAGACCUCAUUCAGUGGACCUCAUUCAGUGGACCUCAUUCAGUAGACCUCAUUCAGUGGACCUCAUUCAGUGGACCUCAUUCAGUGGACCUCAUUCAGUAGACCUUAUUCAGUGGACCUCAUUCAGUGGACCUCAUUCAGUGGACUUCAUUCAGUAGACCACAUUCAGUGGACCUCAUUCAGUGGACCUCAUUCAGUAGACCUCAUUCAGUGGACCUCAUUCAGUGGACCUCAUUCAGUAGGCUACAAUUUGGAGAAGGUUGUAGCCUACAAUACACACAGGUUUAAAAUACAAAUACAUAAAAAAUGUAGGAUUUAUUUUUGUAAAGUGUGUUGAGACUUGACUUGAAUGCCUCCUAGAGGGUAUUUGUUAAAUCUCCAUGGACUGACAGGACAAAACAUCUACAUUUUACAUUUACAUUUUAGUCAUUUAGCUUCUUCUUUUUUAACUCACUAUAUUUUUUAACUCACAUUCUUUGCUAGAAGUGACAAGGCAGCCUGUUUUUUAAGUUCCAAGUACAUUCAGAGACCCUGAGAGUGGUAUGUCUUAGAGCAAGAACAUGUUGUUAGUCCUACUUCACUGUUAAAUGACUUUUGAUCCAACUACCCAUGAAAAGUGUAACUACAUCUGUUACAGAGACCCUGAGAUGUGUGUUUGAAUAGAAAAGGCCUAGAAAUCCAAAAGCAGCAACAGUCUAGAAGUUAACAAGGACAAAGGCAAGACAGGCGACCUCUUUUCAACCUCCAAGAAAGUUCAGAAACCCUGAGAUAAGAGGUAUUCGGACCAAUACAUUUUUAUUCCUGACCCAAACACCCCAUGAAAAGUGAUGUGAGUUUGAAUAGACAGGACUGGAACUUCAAAAUAAGCUGCAUGUAUAGUCUAAAGAACAAGGACAAAAGUUGUUUGUGAGUGAGACAACAGACAGCUAGACAGACAGAUAGACAGCUAGAUAGACAGCUAGACAGACAGCUAGAUAGACAGACAGACAGCUAGACAGACAGAUAGACAGCUAGAUAGACAGCUAGACAGACAACUAGACAGACAGGUAGACAGCUAGAUAGACAGCUAGGUAGACAGCUAGACAGCUAGAUAGACAGCUAGACAGCUAGACAGACAGCUAGACAGCUAGACAGACAGCUAGACAGCUAGACAGACAGCUAGAUAGACAGCUAGAUAGACAGCUAGACAGACAACUAGACAGACAGGUAGACAGCUAGAUAGACAGCUAGACAGACAGCUAGACAGACAGCUAGACAGCUAGAUAGACAGCUAGACAGCUAGACAGACAGCUAGACAGCUAGAUAGACAGCUAGAUAGACAGCUAGACAGACAGCUAUACUAUAGAGCUGAUGGUUUCAUAUGAUCCAAUAAGCUCUUCACCUUGUAUUAACCUCUUACACGAGGCAUCUUUAUCCUUUAUCCACAUGGUGAAUUAUGAAGAAUUAUUAUAAAAAUAAGGUGGUCUUUUGAUGUCUUUCAUUGACGUUUUGGAGUGAAUCUGACAUUUUUGCUUUUUGUCCAGUUUGGGAUUUGACAACAUUUGUGACAGUCGCGCUAUUGCAAUUUUAUUUUGCACUAACUUGCUCGCUCGCUAACUAACUGAUAACUAACAUAACUAACUAACUAACUUGAAACUAACUAACUGAUAACUAAUACACUUGUAACUAACUUGUAACUAACUAACAACUAACUGACUUAAUAUUUUAUAUUAUUUAACAUUUAUUUAUCCAAUAAAGAUUAAAUAAUUAAGAACAAAUUAUUAUUUACAAUGACGGCCUGGGUAACUAACUAACUAACUGGUUUGUCUGUCCCCCAGGUCUGAGACAUGGUCUAGGCCAGUAACUAACUGGUUUGUCUGUCCCCCAGGUCUGAGACAUGGUCUAGGCCAGUAACUAACUGGUUUGUCUGUCCCCCAGGUCUGAGACAUGGUCUAGGCCAGUAACUAACUGGUUUGUCUGUCCCCCAGGUCUGAGACAUGGUCUAGGCCAGUAACUAACUGGUUUGUCUGUCCCCCAGGUCUGAGACAUGGUCUAGGCCAGUAACUAACUGGUUUGUCUGUCCCCCAGGUCUGAGACAUGGUCUAGGCCAGUAACUAACUGGUCUUGUCUGUCCCCCAGGACUGAGACAUGGUCUAGGCCAGUAACUAACUGGUUUGUCUGUCCCCCAGGUCUGAGACAUGGUCUAGGCCAGUAACUAACUGGUUUGUCUGUCCCCCAGGUCUGAGACAUGGUCUAGGCCAGUAACUAACUGGUUUGUCUGUCCCCCAGGUCUGAGACAUGGUCUAGGCCAGUAACUAACUGGUUUGUCUGUCCCCCAGGUCUGAGACAUGGUCUAGGCCAGUAACUAACUGGUUUGUCUGUCCCCCAGGUCUGAGACAUGGUCUAGGCCAGUAACUAACUGGUCUGGUCUGUCCCCCAGGUCUGAGACAUGGUCUAGGCCAGUAACUAACUGGUUUGUCUGUCCCCCAGGUCUGAGACAUGGUCUAGGCCAGUAACUAACUGGUUUGUCUGUCCCCCAGGACUGAGACAUGGUCUAGGCCAGCUGACGUUCAGUGAUGGGACGUGUUACACGGGUCAGUUCGAGAACGGACUCUUCAACGGCUGUGGGAUGCUGGUCUUCCCUGAUGGUUCCAGGUAACAAUGUCUCACCAUUCCCAUUUCACCUUUGACCCUGCUAAUGACAUUACAACUGUCUGAUGUCUAAAAUGACACCCUAUUCCCCAUUAUAGCACACUUCUUUUGACUGAUGCCCUGAAUCGUAUGGCGAAGGCAAAGUGGUGCACUGUAGAGUCAUUAGAUAUUUCCCCUGAUCAUUUUCUUAAUGUGUGUAACUGGAAAAUACUUGAAUUCCUUACCACUUGCAUGUGAUUUUGCAAACAGAUGUUCUCUUAGUGUUGUCAUUUUAGACGCAACAGGCAACGCUUUUCUCUAGAUCCAACUCUACGCCGAUGUCUACGCCUUUCCCCCUUCUGAUAACCAGGUGGUGAAUCGCAUCUCUGCAUGUCUGGCAGACAUAUCAGUAUGGAUGACGGAUCACCACCUCAAGCUGAACCCUGGCAAGACGGAGCUGCUCUUCCUCCCGGGGAAGGACUGCCCGUUCCAUGAUCUCGCCAUCACGGUAGACAACUCCGCUGUGUCCUCCUCCCAGAGUGCGAAGAGCCUAGGCGUGACCCUGGACAACACCCUGUCGUUCUCCGCCAACAUCAAGGCGGUGACCCGCUCCUGCAGGUUCAUGCUCUACAACAUUCGGAGAGUGCGACCCUGCCUUACACAGGAAGCGGCGCAGGUCCUGGUCCAGGCACUUGUCAUCUCCCGUCUGGACUACUGCAACUCGCUGUUGGCUGGGCUCCCUGCCUGUGCCAUUAAACCCCUACAACUCAUCCAGAAUGCCGCAGCCCGUCUGGUGUUCAACCUUCCCAAGUUCUCUCACGUCACCCCCCCCUCCUCCGCACACUCCACUGGCUUCCAAUUGAAGCUCGCAUCCGCUACAAGACCAUGGUGCUUGCCUUUGGAGCAGUGAGGGGAACGGCACCCCUGUACCUUCAGGCUCUGAUCAGUCCCUACACCCAAACGAGGACAUUGCGUUCAUCCACCUCUGGCCUGCUGGCUCCCCUUCCUCUGCGGAAGCACAGCUCCCGCUCAGCCCAGUCAAAACUGUUCGCUGCUCUGGCACCCCAAUGGUGGAACAAGCUCCCUCACGACGCCAGGACAGCGGAGUCACUCACCACCUUCCGGAGACAUUUGAAACCCCACCUCUUUAAGGAAUACCUGGGAUAGGCUAAAGUAUUCCUUCUAACCCCCCCCCCCCCAAAUUGUAAAGUAGUCCAUUUGGACGCAAUGUUGUUGCUUGCAACAUAUUUAGACCAAAAGUACAUUUGGACGCAAUUUCUGUUGCUUGCAACAUAAUUAGAACAAACCUCCUUAACCUUGAGAGAAAAGCCUGAUCGAGACAAUUAAGUGUAAAUUGCUUUAACAAGGAUCACGGCAACGUCACGCACUGCGCAGCUAAAGUAAAACAUAUUGUUGCACAAAUGACUUUUUGUGCUACAUAUUGUAUUCCGUGUCACAGAGCACGUAGCAGCCCUGGGUUGUGAGAACAGGAGAUUGGAUCAUUCCAUCAAUGAAGAUUCUACCCACCUCAGGUCAAGGUUCUCUGUGACAGCGUUCUGUGUUCUGACAGCGUUCUGUUAUUGUUAGAGACCUCCUGGUGACAUCUCUCAGCUGAAUUAUACCUAUAAAAUGACAGCAUAGCUCACUAAAUAGUUAUGCACCAGACAUACAUUUUUGAGAAUCCACUCAAAACAAACAAGACAAUCAGUGUGCAGAAACAAACUCCUUGACAUUGGGGUCGGGUUCAUUAUAGUACGCCAUGAAAAACACUUUUAAACGCUUUGCAACAGAAAACUAAAAUCAGAAUUCAGAAUCACCUUUAUUCGCAAAGUACAUUUACACAUACUCAGAAUUGUACUUGGUGAUAUGGUGCUGCUAGUGAAAGACAACAUUUAGAGACAGAAUACAGACAAUGGAGUUUAAACAAAGUUUACAUACAUUAUAUACAACUAGGCAGAGUGAGCAUAGAGCUAUAAGAGGAUUAGCAGAUAUACAAAUACACAGUGGGUAUACGGUUGAUACACAGUGGGUAUAUGGUUGAUACACAGUGGGUAUACGGUUGAUACACAGUGGGUAUACGGUUGAUACACAGUGGGUAUACGGUUGAUACACAGUGGGUAUACGGUUGAUACACAGUGGGUAUACGGUUGAUACACAGUGGGUAUACGGUUGAUACACAGUGGGUAUACGGUUGAGACAGAGUAGGUAUACGGUUGAUACACAGUGGGUAUACGGUUGAUACACAGUGGGUAUACGGUUGAUACACAGUAGGUAUACGUUUGAUACACAGUAGGUAUACGGUUGAUACACAGUAAGUAUACGGUUGAUACACAGUGGGUAUACGGUUGAUACACAGUGGGUAUACGGUUGAUACACAGUGGGUAAACGGUUGAUACACAGUGGGUAUACGGUUGAUACACAGUGGGUAUACGGUUGAUACACAGUGGGUAAACGGUUGAUACACAGUGGGUAUACGGUUGAUACACAGUGGGUAUACGGUUGAUACACAGUGGGUAUACGGUUGAUACACAGUGGGUAUACGGUUGAUACACAGUGGGUAAACGGUUGAUACACAGUGGGUAAACGGUUGAUACACAGUGGGUAUACGGUUGAUACACAGUGGGUAAACGGUUGAUACACAGUGGGUAUACGGUUGAUACACAGUGGGUAUACGGUUGAUACACAGUGGGUAAACGGUUGAUACACAGUGGGUAAACGGUUGAUACACAGUGGGUAAACGGUUGAUACACAGUGGGUAUACGGUUGAUAGACAGUAGGUAUACGGUUGAUAGUGGGUAUACGGUUGAUAGACAGUGGGUAUACGGUUGAUACACAGUAGGUAUACGGUUGAUACACAGUAGGUAUAUGGUUGAUACACAGGGGGUAUACGGUUGAUACACAGUGGGUAUACGGUUGAUACACAGUAGGUAUCCAGUUGAUACACAGUGGGUAUAUGGUUGAUACACAGUGGGUAUACGGUUGAUACACAGUGAAUGUACAAAUGUAUAGUAUCAGUAUGAAUGUCUAAAUGCAGAUAUGAAGAGAGUGCAAUGCAGUAUAGUGCAGUUAUUUAGUGUACAGUUCAGAGAUGGCUUGAUGUGGUGUGCAGCAUAGAGUGCAUAGUCCUUUAGUCUCUAUGGGCCAGAUGGCCGGUUGGUGAGGGCCACAGGCCGGGGGAAGAAACUUUUCAUGUGGCAGGAGGUUUUGGUCAUGAGUGAUCUGAACCGCCUGCCAGAUGUGAAUUUUUGGAGGAGGGGGUGACCGGGGUGGGAGGGGUAGGCAAUCUUUCCUGCACGCUCCCUUGCCCUGGAGACGUGCAGGACCUCGAUGAAGGGCAGGUGGCAGCCGAUGACCCUCUCUGCAGACCGGAAAAUGCUUUGCAGUUUGACCUUGCAGCGGGCAGAAGCAGGCCCCAACCGGACGGUGAUGGAGGAGGUGAGGAUGGGCUCAACGAUUGAUGCGUAAAACCGGAUCAGGAUUGACUGGGAGAUGUCGUUUUUUCAGCUGCCGCAAGUAGUACAUCUGCUGCUGUGUCUUCUUGGUGACCUCUGUGAUGUUGUCCUGGGAGAUGAUGGUCCCCAGGUAUCUGAACGAUUCAGCCGUGCUAACAGCUGAGCCAUCAAUCUCAAAGCGGAGAGAUGGUGGGGCGUUUUCUAAAGUCAACCACCAUUUUCACGGUUUUGUCUGUGUUGAGUUCCAGGUUAUUGCGACUGCACCGGGCCACUAGCCGGUCGACCUCUCCAAGGUACAUGGACUCAUCGCCUUCGGUGAUGAGACCGACCAGAGUGGUGUCAUCUGCAAGUUUGAGUAGUUUGACAGAUGCGUUGUUGGAGGUGCAGUCAUUGGUGUAGAGUGAGUAGAGACGAGAGCACGCAUCCCUGCGGCGCUCCAGGGCUGAGGGAUAAAGAGUCCGAAAGGUGUAUUUCCAGCUUCACAUGUUGCAUCAUGUUGGACAGGAAGUCAGUGAACAACUGACAGAUGGAGCUGGACACGUUCAGCUGGGAGAGUUUGUCUUGUAACAGUUCUGGGAUGAUGCUAUCGAACGCUGAACUAAAGUCCACAAACAAUAUCAUUGCAUAUGUCUUUGGGUUAUCGAGGUGUUUGAUGAUGUAUUGUAGGCCCACGUUUUGUGAGGUAGCCGAGCGGUUAAGAACGCUGGGCCAGUAACCGAAAGGUCUCUGGUUCAAAUCUCUGAGCCGACUAGGUGAAAAAUCUGUCUAUGUGGCCUUGAGCAAGGCACUUGCACCUGUAAGUUGCUCUGGAUAAGAGUGUCUGCUAAAUGACUAAAAUGUAAAUGUUGACAGCAUUGUCCACAGACCUGAGCCUUUCUUAUUGGACAAACCCAGUUAGUUCCUCCCUGUUUCAGUCUGUUUUCUUCCAUUUGGUGCCUAAUGAACACACCCCACUAUUUUUGCAUCUGUGUGUCUCUUGCAGGUACGAGGGAGAGUUUAUUCAGGGGAAGUUCCAAGGCGCAGGCGUCUUCAGUCGUUUUGACGGGAUGAAGUUCCAAGGAGAGUUCAAGAGUGGAUGUGUGGAGGGAUACGGUAAACAGUAGAAGGUUAGGUUUAGGUUUAAGUUAAUGACAUAAACCUGAACUUGAACUUAAACUUGACCUCCGCAGGUAUGCUGACGUUCGCUGACGGAGGUCCAGAAAGCGGGCGAGGAGGAGGAAGAGGAGGGACGAGCCACGAGGGUCUGUUUGAGAGCGGCCAGCUGGUGGGCAGAGAGGGGUGCCAGGGCACGGUUCAGCGGGCACAGGGGGCAGCUGCCAAGGCACGGGCACUCUCGAUGUGACCUGCAGCUAGGGGGCGCUACUCAGGGAGCAACAACAACAAUAGGGUAGCAUUUCACUAUCAUACUCAUACCCUUCUUUUUCUUCAUUCUGUUCUGUUUCUUUACGGUUAUACUCCUCCAUACACUGAGUGUACAAAACAU